AUGGGUGAGCUCAAGUUCUUUCUAAGAUUGCAAAUCAAGCAAUGCAAGGAUGACAUCUUCAUCAACAAAUCCAAGUACACAAAGAAACUUCUUAGAAAGUUUGAAAAGGAAAGAUGCAAGAUUGUUAAAACACCAAUGAGCACAUCAAUAAAGUUGGGCAAGGAUGAGAAGGGUAAGCUUAUUGAUGAGAAGAAAUAUAAAGAUAUGAUUAGUUCUCUACUUUGUCUCAUAGCUUCUAGACCCGAUACCAUGUGUAGUGCAUGUGCUCAUUUUCAAUCUAGUCCUAAAGAGUUUCACUUGCAUACUGUUAAGCGAACCAUGCAUCUAGGUCUUUGGUAUCCAAAGGAUACAUCUUUUGACAUAACUGGCUUCUCCAAUCCCGAUUAUGCGAGUAGUCUCUUAGAUAGAAAAAGCACUUCUAGAACUUGUCAUUUUUUAGGAGAAUGUCUAUUUUCUUAG